CCUGCACCGAGCACAGCAUGGUGUCUUUCUGGCCCUGGAAGGGCGAGGACAACUCCCCCGCGUCGUUCGAAAAGACGCUGUCGACCUUGUCUGCCAAGAUCGCCCAGGUCACCACGCGACUCGACCAACAGCGCCAAACAGCCCGUCGCUUCAAGGCUCUGUGGACCCUCUAUUCGACAUUUGCAUAUCUCUUCUACUCGAUCGUACUUGCGCUAGUACUUGGAUGGGAGAGCUGGGGUGUCAAGGAAUACGCCGCCAUCGCGGGUGGUCCAGUGCUGAUAUACGGAGUACGAACGGCCGGAGCUCGUCUCUUCGAAUACCGCAUCUCCCGAAGCCAGCGCCAUCUCGACGAGCUGAACAAACAGCGCGACCAGACCAUUGAGAAGCUCAAGGUCGCGACCAAGUACAACUCUACCCAACAACUGCUCGAGAAGUAUGGCGGCGAGUCACCAAAGACGAGUCCCAAUCCCAAGGGUAGUCCCGAUAGCCGCAAGCAAGCUACGCCUUCGCAGAAACAGCAGCAGCAACAGCAACAUGUAGCCCGCACGGGACUACCUCCCCCUCCAACCGCCAACAUCCGCCGUCCUCCUCCUGGCCAGCCUCCUAUCGGGCCAGGUAUCCCUCCCUCGCCUCCUUCCUACCAAAUCACCAAACAACAACAGACUCUGCCAAACGCACCCUCCACACCUCCCCUUCCUCAACAAUUCAUCGACGAGCCGGGCUUCGCGCCAAACGCGUUCCCUAGUUCCGGGCAGUAUAUCGAGCAACCACACUGGUAUGAUAGAUUGCUGGAUGUCCUGCUGGGUGAGGAUGAGAUGCAGCCCCGUAACAGGAUGGCCAUGAUCUGUGGCUCGUGUCGUCUGGUGAACGGCCAGGCACCACCGGGCAUCAAGACUCUCGAGGAGCUGGGUCGCUGGCGGUGUGGGAGCUGUGGGGCUUGGAACGGCGAGGAGAGCGAGACAACGAAGAUAUUGUCGACCUUGAGACAGAAUUCUGAUCCCGCUGAGGAUCUAUCGGGUUCGCUCUUGACUACGGGGCCUGAUGUUCAGGGUGGAGAUGUUAGUGAUGAGGGAGUGAUGGUCGCUACUAGUGAGGAAGAUGAGCAAGGGGAUGAGGAUUUCGAUGAUGCGAAGGACGACGAGUCGAAUCAGAAAGAGGAACCCCAGACAGAGCCGGUUCGUCGGUCAAAGCGUGGCAAGGGCAAGCAGUAAAUCUUCUUUUUAGUAUUAUAGUUUCAUCUACGCUGCAUUAAACUAACGCCGUGUACGGCUACGCGCAAUUGAACAAGUCUACAUUCUCGGGCAAUACCAUCCUUGUCAUAGUUCUUCAUUUAAAUUCGUUGUCUAAAUGUAUCUCCAGGAACGUCAUUCCUGUGAGUUCGUCAUUCUGCACGCAAGAAUAGAACUAAACCCCCGUCGUACCAGAUGGAAUAUGCGUCCACCAAGAGUGUGAUUCGAAAACUCGCUCGUUCGUAGAUCAAAGCAAUACGUCUGACUUUCUUCUCGUCAGUUCUCUUGAGGAUCAUCAAUCAUGUCACCGUUGUAGGGAUCCUCGUGACGGUCAGGUUGUCGAUUCAAGCAACUGCCUCUGCUAAUUGUCCCGCCUGGAAUUGUUCAAUGACCCACAACGCCGUCUUAAUCUCAGCCUCAUCAGCAGAAGCACAUCCCUCGAUGACCGCAACUUGGUCUUUAUUCAUACUUGCGGUACAACGGUACGUCGCAGCAACCCCCUUUGCUUCGACCCGCCUCGACUUGAAAAUCAACUGGCCACACGUCUUGCCCAGCACGUCCUGUGCCUUGUUUCGAGGAUGUUGGACAUCGAUGUUCUCUGCAAUGACACGCCGUAGAUAUGGAAGUAAUCCCAGCCUCUCAAGGAAGGCCGUGCAAUGACCGAGACUAACAUCAGCACCCGAAUCAAGGAAUAUCGCGCCCAGGGUGCUUUCCACGAUGUCUGACAUGAAUUUGUCUGGGCGAAGACGCGAGAAUAGUUCCCACGGAUACUUGGAUCCGCAUUGCAGUUCGUGGAGAAUUUCUUCUCGUAGUUCCCGGUGUCGCGCUACAGAUGCAUCUCGGGCAGCCCCAAUGACUGGUCCAUUAUAGCGCAGAAAUUUCCAUAGUCCAGUGUUGUCAACGGUCAUCUCCAUGCAAAGGAAUGCCAAAAGUCCGGCGUUGACGACGGAAUGCUUGAUCAUGGUCAUCUUGCCUUCGGGCAACUGCUGGUUUAGCUCUGCCAACACGGUGACAACUGCCAUGUCAAGGACUGCAUCACCUAGGAACUCGAUGCGCUGGUAUGAUUGAGUUUGCAUAUCAUGCUCACAGGACGAGUGGGUCAGUGCCUCGGUUAGAAGUGAGGCAUCUUGGAAGGUGUAUCCAAUCAGUCUGCCGAUGAUCUCUGGAUCCACAAGCUUGUUCACGAGAUUUGGGUCCUGCUCUCUCGUUGGAAUAGUUUCGGGAAUCUCUAUCUCCGGCAAAAACCGGUGCAGACAGGCCUGUGCCCUUCUCAUACCGCCAUCCAUGUAUGCGGCACCGAUCAAUGCUUCAACGACGUCUGCCAGAACCUUCAUGGAUAGCUUGCGCGUCGGCCGGCUAGCUGCCUGUGCGGAUUUUCGGGAGAUCAAUGGUGGUGUCCAUUUGCGAGGUGUAAACCGGUCAUUCAGGAUGAACUGAUCAAGACCAGUAUCCAGCGCAGCCCGCGCAAGCCGUUGGUUUUUGAUGAGCUUAUCACGGCUUUCGGAAAGAUACCCCUCGUGCCAUGUUGGCUGCGCAAAGAACAGAUGACAGCUCACCGUGAAUUUCAGGACGGAAUCGCCAAAGAACUCAUAAAGCUGGUAGUGGGUCGGCGCCUGGGCGAGAGGCGUGGUAAUCGCCGUCAAAACAUGACCCAGAUUGUGAUUACAAGCGCCCUUCAGGAUGGUCUCGUUAACCCUGUGCGCAACCAUAACAGCUUCGAAACGGUCAAGAAUCGCGGAUAUGAAGAGACCAAACUUAGACUUCUUCCAUGGAAGUUUGUCAACUGUACAGCCUGCGGCUGGGACGACAUAAAUCUUGGGAGGAGCUUCCUCCGUUUCGUCCGCUAGCUGAGACGGGUUUCGAUACUGUAGAAGAUUUCGUCGCUUGGGCAAGUUUCGACAUUCAAUCUCCAAGCCUUCUAGCUCAUGCCACAUACGAAAGAGCCGCGGCUCGCUGUACUUUGCUGUAUCACGAAUAAUACCAAUGGGGGAAAUCUCGUGAUCGCGCGCAUAGAGAUCUACGGCUUUUUCGGUGCCUUCGUAGCGCUGGAUCCAAGCUCCAAGCUGCUGCACUGGUAUGGUAGGGACAAAAGGAACCACAUAGUCUCUGUCAGUUCCCUGCAAGCGAGACGAUGGGGCUUGAAGGAACAUGGCGGUAAUUAUUCUCAUGUGUUGGAUAAUAUCCGCUGUUGGCAUCGGGCUGAUGGGCUGACUUGUUCCAAAAGUCACGGUCAUGCUGGUUUCAUUCUCCCAAAAGAAUGUCAGAGGAUCUGGUGCGGGCACCCUUCUAGGAAGUACGAUCGACAUCAGCAGGUCCUCAUCUACAGCACCAGUGCUGUUGUCUGUUACGGUGAUGGUUGUUUCAUGAAGCUCCUGCAUCACCCAGUCUUGAGCCAAAUCAACGUAGGGAUCAUAUUGCACGGAGCAUUCGAUCAAAGCUGGCAUGGACAUCUCUUCCGUGAAUCUGAGCUCUGGUUUUCGGUUCAGUGGUAAAAGGUUAUCAUUUACCAAUCCGUACUCCCAAAGAGCUUUGUAGGCCUGAAACGCCGCCUCCUUUCUAGCUGCGUUCUCGGUGCGCCACCAGCGCUUACCCUGAGUUUGACGAACCGCCGGGUGAACUGAAUUGGGAAGACUGACUAUGCCACGAAGGAGACCAGUCGAGUCCUCUUCAAAGGAGAACAUGGGACGAUUGUCCACGUACUGAUCGAGGGGUAGUAAGGAGCAAAAGUGGUGGAGAUGUUGCAUGGCAUCGCCUGGAGAAAU